AUGUUUCAAAAGUUGGUCCGAUCCAGAAAUGGAGAAGGCCGGAAGAAAUGUUUGCUCUUGAAUGGAAGUGAAUAUGUGGUUUCAGAAGCAAAUUUAAAUGAUAUAGCUAUUGUUCAAGCUGAGGUUCAAAUUGUAGGUUUGAGAUCAACCAAGAGAAGGAAGAUUGUCCUUUUAGAGUCUUCUGAAUCCAGUGAAUCUGAUAAUAUUGAUGAAGCAGUGGCAGUUCCGAUCCCAUUGAGAAGGAGAGAAUUGCAAUAUAUCCCUGAAACUGAGAAAGUUGCAAGGCAGCUAAGGAAAGAAACAAAGUUAAGAAAUAGUUCAUCAAGCUCUGAAGAGGUAAAUUCAACCAGUGAUCCAAUAAAUGAGGAGGUUAUCCCCAAUGUUGAAGUUGAAACCACCCAUGGCAGCUUCAAUCUCCAUGACUACAUAGACACCUUCGUUGUCCUCUUCUCUCACCCAGGUGAUUUUACUCCGGUAUGCACGACGGAGCUGGGGAUGAUGGCGGCCUACGCCGACAAGUUCACGGAGCGUGGAGUGAAGCUGCUUGGUUUGUCCUGCGACGACGUCGAGUCUCACAAAGUGUGGAUCAAAGACAUUGAAGCUUACACUAAAGGACACCAGGUCGGAUACCCCAUCAUCGUUGAUCCCGACGAGAAGGACGCCGCCGGCAACCAGGUUCCUUGCUGGGCUCUCCACUUCGUCGCCGCGGAUAAGAAGAUUAAGCUGAGCUUUCUGUAUCCAGCGAGCACUGGCGCCAACAUGGAUGAAGUGAUAAGGGUGUUGGAUUCGCUGAAACUUGCGGCGAAGCACAAGAUUGCGACGCCGGUGAAUUGGAAGCCCGGGGAGGCGGUGGUUAUCUCUCCCAGCGUCUCAACCGACGAGGCCAAGAAGCAGUUCUCGCAGGGAUUUAACACCGUUGAUCUCCCCUCCGGCAAGGAUUAUCUCCGCCUUGUCACCAAUGUUUAAUAUAACACCAUAUAUCACCUUUCCGAUCCCCCUCCUAAAUAAGACGAUUAAGCUGAGAAUAUAAGAUUGCUGCUUCGAGCUUAUAUAGUUUAUUAUGUAUGUAUGCAUUUUCAAGCAGUGGUUGAGUCGGAAUAUUGCAGAAAAUUUCAAGUUUA